CCCCGCCGUUGUCACGACAACCGGAGGCCAAUGGGGAGCAGCCAGGGGAGGAGGCCCCGCCCCGGCCCCACCCCUCCCAGGAUACUCGGGUCUAUAAGGGGCCCGGGGGCCGGUGGCGGGAGCUCGAACCCGCGGGGCUCGAGGCGCGCACGGAGAUCCCGGAGUGUCAGGAGCGAGCGGACCUCAGAGCAGCAGCCACCAUGUGCGGAAUCUUCGCCUACAUGAACUACAGAGUUCCCCGGACAAGGAAGGAGAUUUUUGAAACCCUCAUCAAGGGCCUGCAGAGGCUGGAGUACAGGGGCUAUGACUCAGCAGGUGUAGCGAUUGAUGGAAACAAUCACGAAGCCAAAGAAAGACACAUCCAGCUGGUAAAGAAGAGGGGGAAGGUCAAGGCCCUGGAUGAGGAGCUAUACAAGCAAGACAGCAUGGACUUGAAGGUGGAGUUUGAGACGCAUUUUGGCAUUGCUCACACACGCUGGGCUACCCAUGGGGUCCCCAACGCUGUCAACAGCCACCCACAGCGCUCAGACAAAGGCAAUGAAUUUGUUGUCAUCCACAAUGGUAUCAUCACAAAUUACAAAGAUCUGCGGAAGUUUCUGGAAAGCAAAGGAUACGAGUUUGAGUCAGAAACAGACACGGAGACCAUCGCCAAGCUGAUUAAAUACGUGUUUGACAACAGAGAAACAGAGGACAUUACGUUCUCCACACUGGUCGAGAGAGUCAUCCAGCAGUUGGAAGGGGCAUUUGCACUGGUUUUCAAGAGUAUUCACUACCCUGGAGAAGCCGUUGCCACGAGGAGGGGCAGCCCACUGCUCAUCGGGGUGCGGAGCAAGUACAAACUGUCCACCGAGCAGGUCCCCAUCCUCUACAGGACAUGCACUAUUGAGAACGUGAACAGCACCUGCAAAGCCAGGACCCGGAGGCUGGACAGCUCCACCUGCCUUCACGCUGUGGGUGACAAGGCUGUGGAAUUCUUCUUUGCUUCCGAUGCCAGCGCCAUCAUAGAGCACACCAACAGGGUGAUCUUCCUUGAGGAUGACGAUAUUGCAGCGGUGGCUGAUGGGAAACUCUCUAUUCACCGGGUCAAGCGCUCAGCCAGUGAUGACCCCUCUCGAGCCAUCCAGACCUUGCAGAUGGAAUUACAACAGAUUAUGAAAGGUAACUUCAGUGCGUUCAUGCAGAAGGAGAUCUUUGAACAGCCGGAAUCAGUUUUCAAUACUAUGAGAGGUCGGGUGAAUUUUGAAGCCAACACAGUGCUCCUGGGUGGCUUGAAGGACCACUUGAAGGAGAUCCGACGAUGCCGACGGCUCAUUGUGAUUGGCUGUGGCACCAGCUACCACGCUGCUGUGGCGACGCGGCAAGUUCUGGAGGAACUAACGGAGCUCCCCGUGAUGGUUGAACUCGCUAGUGAUUUCCUGGACAGGAACACACCUGUGUUCAGGGAUGAUGUUUGCUUUUUCAUCAGUCAGUCAGGUGAGACUGCAGACACACUCCUGGCACUGCGUUACUGUAAGGACCGUCGCGCCCUGACCGUGGGCAUCACCAACACCGUGGGCAGCUCCAUCUCACGAGAGACCGAUUGUGGCGUCCACAUCAAUGCAGGCCCAGAGAUCGGCGUGGCCAGCACCAAGGCCUACACGAGCCAGUUCAUCUCCCUGGUGAUGUUUGGUUUGAUGAUGUCCGAAGACCGAAUUUCCCUCCAGGGCAGGAGACAGGAGAUUAUCCGGGGCCUGAGAACUUUGCCUGAGCUGAUCAAGGAAGUGCUGUCUCUGGAUGAGAAGAUCCAUGAUCUGGCCCUGGAGCUAUACACACAGAGGUCACUGCUGGUGAUGGGGCGAGGCUACAACUACGCCACUUGCCUGGAAGGAGCCUUGAAAAUCAAAGAGAUAACCUACAUGCACUCGGAAGGCAUCCUGGCCGGGGAGCUGAAGCAUGGGCCCCUGGCACUGAUUGACAAGCAGAUGCCUGUCAUCAUGCUCAUCAUGAAGGAUCCGUGCUUCGCCAAGUGCCAGAACGCACUGCAGCAGGUCACAGCUCGCCAGGGCCGUCCCAUCAUCCUGUGCUGCAAGAACGACACAGAAAGCUCCAAGUUUGCAUACAAGACCAUCGAGCUGCCCCACACAGUGGACUGCCUCCAGGGCAUCCUCAGCGUGAUCCCACUGCAGCUGCUGUCCUUCCACCUGGCUGUCCUCCGAGGAUAUGACGUCGACUUCCCCAGGAAUCUGGCCAAAUCUGUGACAGUUGAAUGAGAAUGAGACCUGGAUGAGACCACUGCCGCCUGUUGUCCAGUUCAAACCUGCUCCCGACGGCAGGGCAGUCCCAUGGGGGAGAAGUGGGCGCACUUCCCGCCCCCAGCGUUCCGGCAGAUCUCGGGCUUCAAUGUGCCUUGUACCCAAGUGCUUUGCUUAUAGCAAAUCCUGUCCCUCUGUGUCCUGCCGACGCUGGUGGAGAAGGGGACAGGACAGACUUUUCCACUACUGUGCAAUAGAGAUGCAGCUCUCUUUAGAGUAACUGUGAACCUUUUUAAACUUACACUAGUUAGUUUUAAGAGACAAAAUAUUUAUAAUGGUGAUUGUAUA